AUGCGUUGUUUAGUUCAAAAGUGCAAACUAAAUUUCAUAGCAACGUCUCCCGCUCCAAUUGAUUACAACUAUGGACGUCGAUCUGUCGCCGCUGGUGAUUUCAAUAACGAUACUUGGUUGGAUUUGGUUGUUGCAAAUCACAUCGUUAACAAUAUUGCUAUUUAUCUUGGACAUAUGGAUGCCACUUUUUCCAAUAAAAAAGAGUACACAACAGGUACCGGAUCAACUCCGUACAUGGUUGCCAUCGGUGAUUUUAAUAAUGAUGAUCGAUUAGAUAUUGCAGUGGCAAAUUUUGGCGCUAACAAUGUUGGUAUAUUUCUUGGAUUUGGGAACGGCUCUUUCAAGGCACAAAUAGAACUUUCAACUACUUCAGCUCGUCCAAUUGCGAUUUCUCUAGCUGAUUUCAAUAACGACAAGUCGCUUGAUAUUGUCACUGCUGAUUAUGGCACUCAUAGUAUAAGUAUAUUCUAUGGAUAUGGCAAUGGCUACUUUUCGACGCCAAUUAGAUAUUCAACAGGCUAUGAUUCUUUUCCUUCUGCAUUGGCCAUUGGAGAUUUCAAUAACGACCACUAUUUAGAUCUUGCCGUUAGCAAUUAUUGUACAGAUAAUAUUGGUAUAUUCCUUAGCAAUAAAAAUGGCACUUUUACAAAUCAAAUAAUAUUUUCAACUAGCCACGAUUCUCAUCCAUAUUCAAUUGCUAUUGGCGAUUUCAAUGAUGACACCUUCCUCGAUAUAGCUGUUGCUAAUCAUGGAAUUAAUCAAAUAGGCAUACUUAUAGGUAAUGGCAACGGAAAUUUUGUAAACCAACUCAAUUAUUCCACAGAUCCUGCUUCUCCAUACUCGAUUGGCUCAGGUGAUUUCAAUCAAGACGAUCAAUUGGAUAUAAUCAUCACAAAUUAUGGAACUAACAAUAUAGCCUUAUUUCUUGGUUAUGGAAAUGGGACUUUUACCAAACCGAUCUUGUAUUCAACUGGAGCUUUUUCUUCGAUAUCAUUUGCUAUAGGAGAUUUUAACAAAGAUCAUCGUCUCGAUAUUAUUGUCGUUAAUAAUGACACUGGUACCAUAGAUAUUCUUCUUGGUUACUUCGAAGGCUUUUCAAGCCCACUGGCGUAUUCAAUUAGCUCUGGUCCACUGUAUAUAGCUGUUAAUGAUUUCAAUAACGACACCAAACUUGAUUUAGCUGUGGUUGAUGAACAAAGCAGCGAUGUGAGUAUUCUUCUCGGAUAUGGUAAUGGAUCGUUUGCAGAUAGAAUUGUGUAUUCAACUGGUUCUUGGCCACAAUCUGUAGCUGUUGGUGACUUUAAUAACGAUACUCGAAUAGAUCUAGUUGUUGUCAAUAUGGAUAGCGAUGAUGUGAGUAUUCUCCUGGGAUAUGGUAAUGGCUCUUUCGAAAAACAAACCAGAUAUUUGACUGGCUCUUCUCCCUAUUCUGUAGCUGUUAGUGACUUCAACAAAGACAAAAGGUUGGAUCUUGUUGUCGCCAAUGCGGGUGACAACAAUAUAAGUAUCAUGCUAGGAUAUGGUAAUGGGUCAUUCCAAAAUCCUAUCAUGUAUUCAACUGGCUCUUCGCCAAAAUCGGUCGCUGUUGGCGAUUUCAACAGUGACAUGCAACUAGAUAUUGUUGUUGCCAAUUCUAAUAGCGGUGAUCUGAGUAUACUUCUUGGAUUUGGUAAUGGAUCAUUCAGAAAUCAAACCUUGUAUUCAACUGGCUCUCUUCCACUGUCUUUAGCUGUUGGUGACCUCGACAAUGACACCCACCUGGAUGUCGUUGUGGUUCACGCAGGUAGUAAUGAUGGAAAUGUUUUCCUUGGUUAUGGCAAUGGCUCUUUUGAAAAUCCAAUCAGAUUUCCCAUUGGCUCUUAUCCAUCGUCUGUAGCUGUUGGUGAUUUUAACAACGAUGCUCGCCUGGAUAUUGCUGUCACCAAUCUUGUUGGAAAAGCUGUUAGUAUCCUUCUUGGUUAUGGUAAUGGCUCAUUUGAGAAUGAAAUCGCAUAUUCAACUCUAUUUUCGCCGUAUUCUGUAGUUGUUAGUGAUAUCAAUAACGAUCAUAGAUUAGAUAUCAUUGUUGCAAAUCCCGAUAACGACAAUAUCAGUAUAUUCCUACAAGAUACCAACAGAAUCCUUGAAGACGAAAUGAGCUUUUCAUCUGGUGAUGCCUCUGAUCUACGAUAUGUUGUUGUUGCUGAUAUGGAUAAUGAUAAUCAACUUGAUAUUAUUGUGGCUAAUUACGGAACUAAUAAUAUAGGCAUUCUUUUUGGCUAUGGAAAUGGGGCUUUCUUAAAGCAAAUGAUGAUUAGUACUGACUCGAAUUCUCACCCAUCAUGCAUCGCUAUUGGUGAUUUCAAUGGUGACACUCAACUGGAUAUUGCGGUGGCAAAUGAUGGCACAAAGAAUACAGAUAUUUUUCUUGGAAAUGGCAAUAGAACGUUUCAACGUCAGGCAAUGGGUAUCCUUCGUUUUGUUUCUAAUCCAAUCGCCAUAGCUUCAGCUGAUUUCAACAAUGACAACCGAUCUGAAAUUGUUGUUGCAUACAACGAAAAUGAUAAUGUAAAUAUUCUUGAUGCAUACAACAGUGGAUAUUUUCUAGAUAGAAUAUCCUAUCCAACUGGAUCUGUUCCAUUCUCUGUAGCUGUUGGAGAUUUUAAUAACGACACCCAACUGGAUCUUGCCGUCGUCAAUGGGAACGACAAUGAUAUGAGUGUUCUGUUUGGAUUUGACAACGGAUCUUUCGCUCGUCAAAUCCAGUUCUCCACUGGAUUUUAUCCACAAUCUGUAGCUACUGGUGACUUCAACAAUGACACACAGCUAGAUAUCGUUGUUGCCAAUGGUGGCAGCAAUGAUGUUAGUGUUCUUCUUGGAUAUGGUAACGGUUCAUUCGCAAAUCAAAUCAAAUAUUCAGCUGGUUUUUUUCCACAAUUUGUAGUUGUUACUGAUAUUAACAAUGACAAUUGUUUGGAUAUCGUUGUGGCCAAUGGUGGGAGCAAUGAUGUCAGCAUCUGUUUUGGAUAUGGUAAUGGUUCUUUUUCAAAUCAAAUCAACUAUUCAACUGGUCUUUAUCCCAAGUCUGUAGCUUUAGGUGACUUCAACAAAGACAAAUAUCUGGAUAUUGCUGUUGCAAAUGGAGGUGGAAACACUGUAAGUGUUCUUUUUGGAUCCGAAAAUGGUUCUUUUGCAAGUCAAAACGACUAUCUAACUGGUAGUUACCCAUUUUCUGUAGCGAUUGGUGAUUUCAACAAUGAUAAUCACUUGGAUAUCGUUACUGCUAAUUCAGGUAGUGAUGAUAUGAGUGUUCUUCUUGGAUAUGGUAAUGGGUCGUUUGUCAAUGAAACCAGAUAUUCAACAGGUACCGUUCCAUUGUUUCUGGUUGUUGCUGAUUUCAACAAUGAUAACCAACUGGAUAUCAUUGUCGCCAACCGUGGUAGCAGUAAUGUAAGUGUUCUUCUUGGAUACGGUAAUGGCUCCUUUGCCAAUCAAAUUACGUAUUCAACUGGAUCAUCGCCGUUUUCGAUAGGUGUUGGCGAUUUCAAUCAGGACAACCGAUUGGAUGUCGUAGUCGUCAAUAGUUAUACUGAUGAAGUCAAUAUUCUACUUGGAACUAUUAAUAUAGAGUUGGUACAACGAAACACACUUGUGACAGACAAUGGUUCACGACCAAGAUCAUUUGUGGUGGGCGAUUUUAAUAGCGAUUCUAGAAUGGAUAUUGCACUGGCUAAUUCAGGUUCUCAAAAUAUUGAAAUUUUUCUCGGAUGCGGUAAUUUGUCUUUUAUCAGUCAUGCAAUAUAUUCAGUUGGUGUUAACCCAAUUUCAAUAGCUGCUGGUGAUUUUAAUAACGAUAGUCGACUGGAUCUUGUCGUAGCUAACUAUGGUUCUGACAGUGUGAGUAUUUUUAUGGGAAAUACUGAUGGAUUUUUUGCAAAUCAAAUAGCCUAUUCAACUGGUGCUGGAUCUUUUCCAUCCUCUGUGGCAGCUGCUGAUUUGAACAAUGACAACACAGUAGAUAUUGUUGUUACUAAUCAAGGCACCAAUAGAUUAGGUGUAUUCCUCGGAUUUGGUAAUGGAACAUUUUCAAAUAUAAUUCUAUUUUCGAUGGAACACGGAUCAGAUCCAUUUUGUGUUAUCACGGGUGACUUUAACGAUGACAGAAAACUUGAUUUUGCCGUUGCAAAUAAUGGCACUGACAGUAUAUCUAUUUUUUUACAGAGUUGUUAA